AAAUGCUGAUAAAACAGAAUAAUAAUAAACAAUUGGUGCAAAAGUUGAACGGAAACUGAUAAGUGCGUGCUGAGCCAAAAAGAGAUUAUAGUAUUCGACAAUUAACUGUGAAAGCGGCAACAAAUGUACAGAAUUCACAACGUAGACUCUCGGUGGACAGGUCGAGCCGGUGCCCGGCGAACAAUGUAACAGAGAGACCAUCGCGCGUGAAGAGACCAAGAGGAGCGGGAGCCUGCAUGUCCCAAACCAAACCGAGGAGCGGAUCGCAACACAGAACACAGAAUCACACACACAUUAUCGAUCUUUAACUUUUGGAAUCCAUUGAAAAUUAUCCCACACGGAUCGCGGCGAACAUGGCUCACUACAGCGCACAUCAGCAGGCAGCGGCGGGUGCAGUGCCCGCUCACUUCAAAGAUCUCUUCACCAGCGGGCGGCUCGGCUCCGCGGAGCAGGACAACGGCAAUAGCCGCAACAACAACAACGGGAGGGACGACAACAAUGAGCAGGAGAACCGCCUGAACAAUGCCAACAACAAUGGGCAGUCGGAAGCCGAGUGCUGGGUCUUUGGAUACGGCUCCCUCUGCUGGCAUCCGGGCUUCACCUUCAGCAAGUGCAUCACGGGCUACGUCCGGGGAUUCGUGCGCCGCUUCUGGCAGGGCAACGCCACACAUCGCGGCACAGAGGAAAAGCCUGGGCGUGUAGCGACCCUGAUGAAGGACAAAGAGGGUAUUACAUGGGGCUGUGCUUACAGAGUAUCGGGCAAUACGGCCCUCGAGUAUCUCAAGCAGCGUGAAUGCACCCUAGGUGGCUAUGCAACACUCGAGGCUAAGUUCUUCCCCCGCGUCGCCUCCCAAGACGCACCCUUCAGUGGCGAGGCCGUCGAGGUGCUGGUCUAUGUGGCCACGCCGGAGAACCAGCAUUGGUUGGGCGAAGCGCCGCUUUCGGAAAUCGCCCACCAGAUCGCCACCAGUAGAGGUCCGAGCGGCCACAACGCCGAGUACCUGCUGCGACUGGCGAUGUUCAUGCACGAGGAGAUACCCGGGGUGCGGGAUGAGCAUUUGUUCGAGCUGGAGCGUCUGGUGCUGGACGAACUGUACCGCCAAGAAAUACCUAUGUCGUCUGUGAUGGGCCGCAAUCCAGAUAGGAUACGUCGCGACUCCCACGAGGACAUUCGCCGCCAGCCCUCGUUCGAGUUCACGUCCCGCGUGCCAGAGACAAAACUCCGCUGCCUGAACAUUUGAUUGCGGGCACAGUGGCGGGUGGCGGUGCGUGUCGCCGCGCCCACGCCCACGCCCGCCAGGCAACAGCAAGUGAUAUGCACGCGGCGGCGAUUAUUGCUGUAGAAGAUUCCAAAUUGAUUAUCGACAUUUAGCACCCUAGGAAACCAGAGUCUACCACUAAAUUCGCUGUAUUCUUACAACUGUAAAUAACCCAUACGGAUAAGCACUAGCCUUAAGCAACAACUCCGCGAUAAGUGAUCUGAUCUGAAAACUAAGCGUUGGCUUAGUCUAGUCCAUAAGUUCUGUCCUCAACGCACAAAAGCUAACAUUUUUACACGCGAAACUUUCAGGGAGAUAUAAAAGAAUGAAACAAUAGUCCGAAAGUGAAUAAAACCAAAACGAAAAUAACACAAA